AUGGUUCUCCUCCCGUCUCUUGUCGCUCUUUUACUCCCAAUCCUUGCCAAGGCAUCGACUUCCCUCUCCACGGCCGAAGUCGUGGAACGGCGCAGCAUUUUUGGCCCACUCACAUCUACUUUGGGGCCAGUUGUCGACGUAGGCUAUGCCGCCUAUGCUGGUAACGCGACUUUACCCAGUCUCACUUUCUAUGGCGGGAUACCUUAUAUGCGGCCCCCAGUCGGAAGACUACGAUUCGCGCCACCCCAGAAACUUGACGAGACUCUGAACAUAUUUCUGACCAACGACGACGUUGUUGAUGCAAGGAACUGGGGUCCGAUUUGCAUUCAACAACCUGCGGUUGUCGGAAUAGGCAGUGAAGACUGUGCUACUCUAAACAUCUGGGUCCCUUCGAACGCGACAUCCAAGAGCAAACUUCCUGUUUACGUCUAUUUCGUGCGUUUGUGGGCGCUCGUCUGUGUUUGCAUAUUCUCACGCACAUUUUUCCUCAGCACGGAGGGGGGUAUUACUAUAACUCCGCGCAAGGCAAGCUUCCCUGCAAACGACUGGGUCGCGCGAUCAAACGGUGGUCUCAUUGCCAUCGCCGUGCAGUAUCGCCUCGGGCUGCUCGGUUUCUUGUCUGGCUCUGCGAUCCGCAACAACCCAACUUCUGGGUCGAACAACGGCUUGCUCGACCAGCGGGCAGCCCUUGAAUGGAUUCAACGCAACAUUGUGGCCUUUGGCGGCGAUCCGAGCAAGGUGACCAUUGGAGGCGAGAGCAGUGGUGGUGGCGCUGUUGCGCUGCAUCUGACAGCUUAUGGUGGCGAAAAGCGUCCACCUUUCCGGGCAGCUAUAAUCGAGAGCCCAGGAAACGACCCCUUCUACACCGACGAUCGCACUGAGCUCUGCUUCCGCAACGUCACCAAGCAAGUCGGCUGCUCUUCGUCUUCUGAUGUCGUUGGCUGCUUGCGGAAGGCCACUGUUGGUGCCAUUGUGUCUGCGGUCAACAACAAGCCGUCGAGCUGCAAAUACCUGCCCGUCAUCGAUGGCAAGUUUAUCCCAGGCAUCACGACCAAGAUGUUUGCUGCAGGCAAGUUCAGCAAGGUCCCCAUUCUUGCUGGGCACACGGCGCAAGACGGAUCGAUCUUCGUCGGCAGGCCUGACAAUGUCCAGACCGAUGCCAACAUCGUCUCUGCCAUCAAGAAUCGGUAUCCUACCUUGUCGACGGCGACGACCGACGCGAUGCUGGUCACUUACCCUCCUGCGUCUAGCACCACUCCCUGGAAGACGCAGUGGGAGCGGGCGAUGUACGCAUAUAUGGAGAGCGAGUUGGGCUGCUGGGACUACUACAUCGGUAACGUGAGCGGCCAGCCCGCUUACAACUACCGCUGGGAUGCGCCAGACCCAAACCUGAUUGCCGCGCGUGGGGCGUACGUUGGCGCUGCCCACACCUCCGAGCUAUUCUACCUCUAUGACGGAACAAACUCCGGCCCGAGCGCUUCCGUUGCCCAGCCAGUCUUCAGCGCUUUCAACGCCUCGCAGGACGCGCUUGCCCGCCAGGCUGUCGGGUGGUGGUCGAGCUUUGCGAUGACCCUUAAUCCCAAUACCCGCGCUGUUUCCGGGUCGCCGACUUGGAACCCAGCCUCACAAGGCGGCUUCAUGGCUGCCAACGUCAACCAGAAUGGCGGGACAGCGCCGAGCAGCGCGAUGCAGGCCAGAACCGUGGACUAUGCGCGCCGAUGUGCUUGGUGGCGAAGCGUGGCAGACGACCUUCGUCUGUGA